GCUUAUAAUAAUUUCUUUACCAGCUAUGGAAAUACCUUGUACAGGACUAUUAUUUAAAGAAUUUGCAAGAAGUUGGGUGAUUAAUAAACGUCAUGCUCUUAUCAACUGAGCUACGAAGGAGCACGUCGACGUCACUAGAAUGAUGACAAGCAAUUUUAAGGGAUUCUAAAGGGAAUCAGAAUUCCAAACUAAUUUCUAUGGCAACACAGUUGUCAAUUUUGUAAACAAUCAUUUUCGAACGUGUGUUGCCAAGAGACAUCUAACCGACGUUCUAUGGAACGUUUUCUGUGCGAAAACAACAACUUUGCUGCUGACAACAAACUUGUUUGAUUUUUGAGACCUGAGAACAAUCGACUGGAAAAUGCCUGGGUGCUUUUCAAGACUGGCAGAGAGAGUGUGUGGACGUCGGCGGCCUACUGCGUCGACAGGUUGUUCAAAUUCAUUUGUGGCUUGUUUUUCUUGUCUUUUUCUGUUUUGCAGGGUUCGUGAUCGUCGACAGGUGGACAGCGACAGCGACUUCGAAGAGGAAACAACUGUCCUGGAUGAGGUCCAGUUGGAUGUGCCAUUGGAUGAUGUGCCAGAUGUUCCACAGCUGCCAGUCCUCCUUGAUGACCAGAAUGCUGCUAUCAUCCUUGAGGAUGUGCCAGAUGUGCAGACUAUCCUUGAGGAGGCCACUGGCAAUUGGCAGUUGAUUCCGAUUAGGUUCAGCCCCCAGUACUGUGGGCCUGUUGUGAUCAGGAACAAUGCCGGUCCGGUGGUUAAAGCUUGGAGAACUUUCCAGUUCAUCAGCCCCAUCAUCACCUACAUGCGUGGGGGAUCCCAGCAGGUGGUGGUGAGGAUGCACCACGUGAGUAGGGUGAGAGGCCUGGAGACUCAACUGGUGUGGGCCAUCUCCAAGGAGACAGCCAGGCUUAGUCCAGAGGGCAUCCCCUACUGUGCCACCAAAGUGCAGUCCAUCACUUGGAUCCAGCGUGUGGCUGGCAGGGUGACCCACUAUGCGUCUCACCUCCGCCACGAGACGUCUGUGGACGUGACGCUUGGCUGCUACCAGCAGACUGAUGUCUCAGUGGUGUACGCCACUCUCCACAUGGGGCUGGACGGGCUUCUCUCCUCUUCAGCGUGGUCGGAGGCUGCCUCCUUCUCUACUCCCACCACUCAGCAGUUCACUGACCCAGAGCCUGAGGGCCACAACUGCUAUGAGGGCUGGGAGGAGGACCUGCUGCCUGAGGAGAGGGAGGUUCCUCUGCUAAACCUCUACCUUACCACCAAGAGAGUGGAGGACAUCGCCCUGAGGCUCGACUCCUUGCGCCAGGCCUUCACUACCCUGCUUGGUUCCACCCUGAGCAGGAAACAUCUGUUUGUGGCGGGAAAGGUCCUCCUGGGCGGCCUUGUUCAGGCCAACCACAUGGACGAGGCCAAAUUCAUCCGUACCUAUAAUGACUUUGUGGACUACCUGAGUGACCCCUCGCGGAAUGACAUUGAAGGGAGCUGGCUGAGCACCCUGGUGGGGUUUCUGGAGCGUCUGUACGCUCUCCUGUACUCCUCCCUGCCCACUGCUGCCAACAUGGAGCCAGAGGCUGACAGAUACCUGCUGCUGCUCAAUGGCGGACUGAUGGCUCUGCUAGAUGACAUGUUUGGCCAGCAGCUGGCCUGGUACUUUAACCCAGAGUCUCUGGUCACUGAGCUCUCCAGCCUCCUGGAGUACCACUUGGAGAACCUCAUGGCCAGCAUGUAG